GCCACCGUAGAUUCUAUAAAAAACACGGAAGUAGCUUUUCUUAACACGCCCAUGUGAACUUUUUAUUUUGCAAGUGCAGCUGUCACUGAGGAAAAUAAUGAUAUGUGCAUAUAACAUUUCAACAAACCUUUGUGUGUCUUUUUAAAGCUUGAGGUGAACCAUGGAAAACAAAGCGACUUAUUCGCACACAGACCCAAUGCUGAAGAAAAGAGAUGAGUUUGAAGACAUGCUGGAGGAGAGGAGGAACUCCAGUGACUUUCGAUAUGCACUCAAAUGUUACACUCCUGUUGUUUAUAAAAACCUUACACCAUGUGAUGCAAACUCACUGAAAUCUAUGGUCCUUCAGUCAGAUCAACUGCAUUAUGUCAUCAGCCAGGUUUCUAAAGAGACUGGAAGAACUAGAGAGGAUCUUCAAGAGGAAGCAUCAGGAAUCAUAGAGGAGAUGGCCCAUCGUUUGCAGCUCAGUACUGUCCGCUUCUUUGCUUUUGCCCUGUGUAAAGUCUUCAAAACCCUGUUCAAGAGCAUCUGUGUGAAUGAGGACGGCAUCCAGAGAUUGCAGCAGGCCAUUCAUGAGCAUCCUGUUGUUCUCCUGCCCAGUCACAGAAGUUACAUGGACUUUCUGCUCAUGUCCUACAUCCUCUACACCUAUGACAUUGCUCUACCGGUUAUUGCUGCAGGCAUGGAUUUCAUGGGGAUGAAGGUGGUUGGGGAGAUGUUGCGAAUGUCUGGAGCUUUCUUCAUCAGAAGGUCGUUCGGUGGUGAUAAACUUUACUGGGCUGUGUUCUCAGAGUAUGUCAAGACCAUACUCAAGAAUGGUCUUGCACCUGUAGAAUUUUUCUUGGAAGGGACCAGAAGUCGAACAAGUAAAUCCUUGACUCCUAAAUUAGGUUUAUUAAAUAUUGCAAUUGACCCUUUCCUAAAAGGUGAAGUUUUUGAUAUUAGUUUGGUUCCUGUUAGCAUCAGUUAUGAGCGAAUACUUGAGGAAUCACUUUAUGCAAGAGAAAUGCUGGGUGUCCCCAAACCCAAAGAGUCUACCUCAGGUUUGUUUAAAGCUAGAAAAGUUCUCAGUGAAGACUAUGGCAGCAUCCAUGUUUACUUUGGCCAGCCUGUGUCAGUCAGACAAUUAGCAGAGGGCCGAGUGAACCGCUGCCAAUUCAGCCUCACACCAAGGUACAUUCCAAUGCGCCCCAAUGAGGAUGUGCAGACUUUUGUGAAUGACACAGCGUACAGACUGGUGCGGGCUCAGGAGGAGAACAUGGUCCUAAAGCCCUGGGUGCUGCUAGCCACCAUUCUGCUUCAGGCUGAGGACUUGGAGAGGGGCAUCCCUCUGGAGGAGCUCACUGAACAGGCCCUGUGGCUCAGAGAUCUGUGUCGACAGUAUGGGGGCUUCCUGCACUGGCCUGAUCACAUGACCCCAUCAGAGGUGAUUUCCUCCAGUCUGUCUUUGCAUCACGGUUUGGUGAGGCUCUCAGAAGGAAAUGUUUAUCUGGCACUCAGUGGAGAAGCCCAGUCAGGUCCUGUCUCCCCUGAGGAGCAAGUGUUGAGUAGGGCGGUGCCAGUGCUCUCUUGUGUGUCCUACAGGAACCAGGCCCUUCAUGUGUUUGUCCGGCCUGCUCUGCUGGCCACUGCUGUUCACACAUCUGCCUCCAACAACAAACAGGAUAUAUUCAACACUUUCAGCUUCUUGAGAAAUAUGUUUUGUAAUGAGUUCAUCCUGUGUCCAAAUGCCACUGUGCAGGACUUUGAAGAGGCCUGUUUCUUGCUGGUGAAAACUGGGGUGCUCCAAGUGAGCCAACAGGAGAUGGUGGUGACACCUAGAGGUCACAGAACAAUGAGUUUUCUCAGCCGCCUGCUGCUCCCCUUUGUACAGGGAUAUCAGGUGGUGUGUGCGUUUUUGUGUGAAAAGGCCUCUGAUACACUUACAGAGAAGGAGUUUGUUCAAGCCAUUCGAAAGUUCGUGAUCAAACAGCUAUUAUCAGGCACACUGAGAUAUCCUGAAGUACUGUCUUCUGACCUUCAGAAGAAUGCUUUUGCUGCCUUACUCAGACUUGGAGCUGUACACAAAGUAAAAAGUGUGGACCAAACAGGUCUAAAGAUCAACAAGGUGACGGUCAACUCUUUAGAGGACACUCUCGGAGGAAAACUGCCCACUCCAAAGGCGUCGGUUGCCCGCCUCUGAUGCCACAUCUCAUUAUUCUGUCAGAUCAGAGGGUAAAGCUGAUGUGGGACAGGCCUACGUCAAACCUGAACAACCUGAGUGAACACAAAGCUGGCCUUUUCUUCUGUAAUUUCUCUAUCCACGCAUUUCUAAAAAAGCUUUCAAAGACUGCUCUAUUAAACCCUUUCUGUGUGGGUAUAAAGCCUAACGAGUUGGAGCCUUUUUACGUAAUUCACGACUCAUUCAAAGUAACUGACCUUUGCUAUGAGUGGCAGCCGAAUCCUCGCCUCCAUUUUGCUUUAACACGUAUGAUAUUUGUCUAAUAGCAGUGUGCACUGUCCUCUAAUGAUCCCCUUCUUUUGUGUGGCCGGUAUCCUUUUGGGACACUUAAACAAUUACUUUUCAAUGUAGUGUGGUAUAACUCAUAAUUUCAACUCUCCUAUUAUUUCUUAUAUUUCUCCAAAAGAAAAGAGGGAACCAACUGUGGGGUAUGCCAAUUUGAGCCAACAUAUUCUGAUUUUGCCCAGCAGAAGAAAGAAAAUUCAGUUUUAAAGUUUAUUUUGUUACUUGUGGAGGAUGUGUUGAGUUGCCAAUACUCUAAUGAACAAGAAAUAAGAUUUAUGUCUGCCCAAAUCUUGUGUCAAAGUUGCUAAACUCUAAAUAAAUGCCAUAAAUGAAGCACUACCAAAGGAAUACUGUGGAUCGGUAUUCUAAACUGAUCCUACGUAUGAUACAGCAUUUAUUACAAAUUGGACCUUGUAAGGGAAAAGAUGCUCAACUAAAGCAUCUUUUGUUAGCAAAUCAUUUGGUUUAAAACUUCAGGUUAAGCAAAUUCUUAAAAAUGCAAUUUCGUGCAUUAGUUCAGAGCAAAUUUAGCAUAUGGAGCCAUAUCUGUUACCAUAAAACUCAGUGUAUUUUAUUAUUGUUCUCUUCCUAUGUGUACUGUCAUUUAUUAAGUCCUGAAUAUGUGGCAAACCUCUGUAUUGGUCUAGAGAGCAUCUAUGUGGUUUUUAUACAUUUAUAUAAUUGUAUUGGUGUGUGUUAAUGAAUUGGAUUGUGUGUUUAAUGAAUGUAACUUGUGGCAACUUUUUGUACUGAUAAUUAUAUUAAAAUUCACCAAGUUACUUUGAAGCACUUUGUCUUCUGUGACUCAACCUAAUCUUUGAGUAAUACUGCCAUGGAAUCAACCAAAUAAAGCCGAUGUUUC